AUGGAGGACCAUCUGGUCGUGAUUAGAGACAUUCCCGGCGGUUUUCUCUACGCCGGCAUCUUUGACGGCCACGCUGGAAGCGCUUCCGCUCGCUUUUUAAAGGACGAGCUGUACAUCGACUGCAUGGACGCGUUAGAAGGAGGCGCGUUACUGUCGGACGAGGACCUCGAUGCCGUGGAGGACGCGCUUCAAGACGCCUUUAUCCAGGCGGACCAGAGGCUGCUGCAAUGGCUCGCAGAGCACAGUGAGGAGCCGGAGUCCGGGUCCACAGGCACGGUGGCGUUUGUGCGCAAGGACCGGCUCUUCAUCGCUCACCUUGGGGACUCCCGCGCUGUGCUGGGGGUGGGCGGUGAUACGGAGGACCUAUCUCAGGACCACAAGCCCCAUGGGGAGUCGCCGAUUGCCAAGGCGGAGAUCAAGAGGAUUGAGAAGGCGGGCGGAUGGGUGAGUCAAGGCCGCGUUUGUGGAGUCAUAGCAGUGUCGCGUGCCUUUGGCAAUGCCAACUUCAAGACACGCCGCGAGCAGAUGCUGUCAGAGGGUGUGAAGAAGGGGCGAUGGACAACCCGCUUCGUUUCCAAGCGCUCGUUUCAGAGCGAUUGGAUAUCAGCGGUGCCGGACGUAUAUGCUGCUGAGGUGGAGGAGGAUGCCGAGUUUGUCAUCAUUGCAUCUGACGGGCUCUGGGAGGGCGUGAAGAGCUCGGAAGCCGUGGCGUUUGUUCGGAAGGAGAUGGAAAGCCAUGGUGACAUUCAACAAGCAACAGACAACCUAGCCAGUUUUGCGCUUCAGAUCCCUGACAGGGCGCGGGAGCAGCGUCUUGCCAUCAUUCGCCUGGCUUGGUGGAGGGACGCCCUCACCCGCCUCUUCCAGGGCCAACCACCCGAUGACCACCCGGUGCUGGUGGCACUGGGCGCGGUGAGGGAGGCGAGGGGCAUCACCAAGCCCUGGUUGAUGCGAGUCAUUGCCGCUCGGAUGGAGGACUUGGAGCGGUCUGCCUUCCCACCCAACACGGUCGCUGACGUGGAACAGUACGCGGAGUCAACAUCCUCAGCGCUGCUCUACCUCUCCCUGCAGGCGGCUGGCAUCCACAGUGUGCACGCUGACCAUGCCGCCUCCCACAUUGGCAAGGCGGAGGGCAUGGCUCUUCUGCUGCGCGGCGCAUCGUACCACGCUGCUCAAAGGCGGUCCCACAUUCCACUAGACGUCGCUGCAAAGCACGGGCUGGUGCAUGAGGAGCUGUUUCGAGGGCGGCAUCCUCCCAGCUUCAGGGAGUGUGUGUAUGACGUGGCAUGUGUGGCGCAAGCACAUCUGCAAAAGGCCAAAACCUUGCAGUCCUCCUUGCCUCCUACAGCUCGACAACUACUCUUGCCAUCAGCUGUCAGCACGAUGGGCUUGCGGAAUAACUCACCCAGGGGAGCUUCGUUUUCCCGACUGGAGUACCUACCGCUGCUUCUCCUCUUCGUCGCGAUCGCAGCAGCCCCGGCAAACGCACUCCACCGCCCCCGCCGCCUCAUGCGGGGCCUGCAAGCCAUUCGCGCCACGCUUCCUCUUGAAUUGACGGCCACCAUGGCAUCGAGUUCCGCGACGCUCGGUGUGACGAAGUGGCGCCCAGCGAUUCGCCGGCUGAUCACGGCGAUUGGAUUAACACAAGCGAAGACACCCACUGCUCCCAGGCAGAACGGCGGCGCUAACGUGGCCAUCGGCGGCGACAACCUAACGGUCACCCAGAAGGAGGCCGUUGCGAAGCAGGAGAGCGCGGCGCCGAGCCUCCAACGGUCACCGCCCAAUACGGUCACCUCCGAGCUCCAAAAUAAGAACUCCGAAGACAACACGCACGAGACCUCCGUUGAGAACAACAAUGACCACGAGAAAGGCAGCGGCGGCGGCGGAGGCGGCGGGUGCUCUGGUAACAGCGACUUAGAUUCUGAUUUGGCGCCUCCCUCGCUCGCCUCCCCGUGCCCACACCAUCCCCCUUCCGGGGGCGAUCCCCAUCGCGCCGAUCGCCGCUCCAGCCGCCUGUCGCCGCUACCCAUCGCAUGUCCCGCGCGCCCCGCCAUGUGCGACUUCUUCUUUGACGGCCUGACGGACGAGAUACCGGUAAUCCGUCUGUCCGCCGGUUCUUUUUUCGCCGGCCGGCCGAUUCCCAUCGGACCGUCUCCCGUCGUCGCCAUGGCUGGCGGAGCCUUCGUGGAUGUUUCGCGCGUUGAGGGGAACUACUCCCGCGCCGUGUGUCUGGGCGAGCCAGCUGAAAAGCCUGCACCAGUCACGGCGACAGGCACGCGGCAGGGGGAGAGCACGGACGUUUUAAAGAAGCUUCUUCAGGACCAGCUGAUCCUUCCAGAAAGGAUGUUUCAGCUGCGCGGGAACGGAGAACUGAUGUACAGCGGUGCUGACGUGGCGGACUGGGACGACGACACGUGGCUGGAUGCCGCUAAAAGCCCCGAUGGCGUUACCGUAAGCGUGCAGAUCGACGAAGCUACGGUAAACCUGUUUGGGGUCAAUAUCGAGCUUAAUAAUACCGAGGAUGGAUCCGCCACGUCGGAAAACCGCGAAGUUCCUGGAGCCGAGGCGCAGAUGGCCCUGCUCGAGGCAUCCUCGUUAUUAACAGACCCGGCAUCUUUCAUGCACGAUGCGUCCCCCCCGUCAGCCUCGCCGCCAUCAGCAGCAGCAGCACCAGCAGCAGCGACGGCAGCAGCAGCGGCGGCGGCGGCAGCAGCAGCAGCAGCAAAGGCGGCGGCGGCGGCAGCAAAGAACGGGAUUGCCCACAAGCAGCUGUUAGAAUGGCCUGAGCGGGAGCCGGCUUCCGCCAGGCGCCUGGCGGAGGCGGAAGGCGCGAGCGCGAAGGGCGCGGCUGCGCAGUGGCAGGAGAUGAUGCUGAAUGCUGGAGUCGCGGCAAUCCCUGAGGCAGGGCGCCCGGCCCUCCCUCUGGUGGCGACCAUUGUGGUGCCUCAAGAUGGUGACGCUUCCCCUUCUGUCGGUGACGGGAGGGACGCGGGGAGUGUGGAAUCGGAGGAGAAGCGCAGCUGGCUGAACCAGCCGACCAGCGGUGCUGUGGAGGGGGUGAGUGACAAGGGCACCGGGGGCGUCAGUGGCAAGGGGUCUGGUGGUGCUGCUGGUGCCGGUGCUGUUGCUGGUAAGGACAGCAUGGUUCCUGGCGAGUCCAACGGCAGAAGCAGCAGUGGCAAGAGCAGUGAUGGCACGAGUGACAAGAUUGUAGGCAAGAAAGUACACCGGAAUCUCGACCCAGCGCUCCACCCCCUGGAGAAGGCGAAGGAGUAUCAGCGCGCGCUCAACGCAGUGAAGCUAGACAAGGUGUUUGCCAAGCCGUUCAUGGGCGCACUCGGCAGCCACGCAGACGGCGUGUCCGCCAUGGCGAGAAGCCCCGUCAGACUCAACUGCGUCGUCUCCGCAUCAAUGGACGGAGAUGUGCGACUAUGGGACGUCCCUUACAAGCGCACGCUGUGCCGGUUUGUGGGGCACAGCAGGGCGGUGAGGGGCGUGGCGAUCUCAGCAGAUGGGGAGACCAUGCUGUCAUGCGGCGAUGACUGCACCGUGCGGCUGUGGCAGCUACCAGCGCCGGAGAUCAAGGAGUUGGGGGUGGCAGGGGGGGACGAGGAGCACGAGGCCGUUGCCACCUUCCAAGGGAAAAACGCCUUCAGAGCAGUGGAUCACAAGUGGAAGGGGCGCGUGUUCGCGACAGCAGGCGCGCAGGUGGACGUGUGGGAGCACUCUCGCUCCGACCCCAUAGCCACGUUCACGUGGGGCGCUGACUCCGUCUACUCCGUUCGCUUCAACCCUGCUGAGCCCGAUGUGUUCGCCACCACUGGCAGUGAUCGCAGCAUGUGCCUCUACGACCUCCGCAUGUCAACACCGCUGAGGAAAGUGAUCAUGCAGACCAAGACCAACGCCCUGGCUUGGAAUCCACGGGAGCCUCUCAAUUUCACUGCCGGUAACGAGAACGGCAGCUGCUACUCGUACGACAUGCGCAACCUCAGCACUGCCUCUCUUGUGCACAAGGACCAUGUAUCCGCUGUCAUGGACAUAGACUACUCGCCAACAGGAAGGGAGUUUGUCACAGGAUCGUACGACAGAACUGUGCGGAUAUUCCCGUAUGAUGGCAUCAAGAGUCGAGAGGUGUAUCAUACCAAGCGCAUGCAACGGGUGUUCUGUGUGCGGUUCAGUGGCGACGGUUCCUACGUGCUGUCAGGCAGUGACGAUGCCAACAUCCGCCUCUGGAAGGCACAGGCCUCGCAGCAGCUGGGCGUGCAGGUGAAGCGGGAGAAGCGCAAGGCGGAGUACAACGCAGCACUGGUGGAGCGGCACCAACACCUGCCUGAGAUUCGCCGCAUCCACAAGCAUCGGCACGUGCCGCGGCCCAUUCACAACGCCAUCAAGCUGCGGGCCACGAUGGUGGCAGCCGAGAAGCGCAAGGAGGAGAACCGGCAGCGGUUCAAGAAGAAGAGCAAGGGCGUGGAGAAGAAGGACAAUAAGAAGAAGGGCGAGCGCCGGAAUAAGAUCAUUGCUGAGCUGGAGUAG